AUGCCAGGGGCAGGAACACAGUAUAAAGAUGUUCAUGAUCCCGAUGAUAAAUGGAUCGCUGAUAUUGAGACGGCGCUGGGAUGCGUACAUGACGAUGAAGUAAAGACAGGCAGCAUUUGCAGAGUUCCAGAGAAAAUUCGACGAGCCGAAGGCAAAGGGUACAGUUACAGGCCUAAGCUCGUGGCCAUGGGACCCUUCCACAGGGGCACCCGCAGCGACCUGCAAAUCAAUGAAUUGACCAAAUGGCAGUUCAUGCACUCUCUUCUUGCGGGUCCAACGCAGAACAAUUCGUCGACCUUGCACAAGUGCAGUAAGGCCAUUAAAGAGAUAGGGAGCAUAAUUCGAGCGAGCUAUGGGGAGAAAAUAGAAAUGGGAGAAGAGGAGUUUGCCAGGAUGAUGUUAUUGGAUGGCUGCUACCUCUUAGAGUUUCUGCUUAGGCUUACUAAGCAUGAGGAACGUGUUGACCAGAAAUAUGUGUUACAAGUUCUCACAGAUCUCACGCUGCUCGAGAACCAAAUCCCUUUUGUCGUUCUCACAACUUUGUCCUCAAUACUUUUCGAACUUCUGGAUGCUGCUGAGCAACCAAAGCUUGCCAGUCUAUGUGCACCUUCUCAGCAACAAGUUGGCCAUAAGGUCAAACUUUCUCCAAAAAAUACCGCCCAGUCACUCUUUGAAUGCAACGAUGACUUCCCCGAAGGUGUUUAUCAUUUCCUUCAUCUCAUCCAUUUGUGCUCCCCUGAUCCCUAUAGGGAAGAGCAAGGCGGGAAAGAUCCACUAAAACUGCAGCGCUGCGCUAGAAAGCUCCAAGCUUUGGGCAUCACAAUUAAGGCUAAGGCUACACAAACUAACGAUGCUCAAGGCGAUGACCAGUCGGAGGAAACUGCGGCUUCUGUGCUAAGGAAAUUCGUGGACAAGUUCGAAUUCAAAAUAGAAUUUAAUAAGGAGGAGAGAGAACUGACAAUCCCGCCGCUGCACAUAAAAGAAAGAACACAAGUAAAAUGGAGGAAUUUGAUUGCUUGGGAGCAAAUCGGGUUGCCUGAAGUCGGCUACAAAUUCACCUCCUACGCUUAUUUUUUCAAAGGUUUGGUCUGCUCUGUUCAUGACCUCAAACUGCUUAAACAGGAAGGAGUCAUAAAAGUGGAUAACGAGGCCAUCAAGGACGAGGAUUUGGUGAAAAUGUUCCAAACCAUCACAACCGGGGCGGAACAAAGGGAUGGGAGAUACGGGACAGUAUGUCAGGGAUUGAACGCAGCGGAGUGGAAUGGAAUGGCAGGAUGUUGUGCGCUCAUGUUCAGAAUGCCGUGGCAUUAUUGGCGGCGUUUUCUGGAAUGGCUUCAACAUGGAUUAAUGACCUGGCUUCGCACUUUCGUAGAUAUCUAUUUGGGCACUCCAUGGAAGAUCGUCGGAGUUAUUGUCGGUGCAAUUGUGCUUGCUCUCACUAUUACGCAGACCGUUUAUGCGGUACGUGACCCAGUGAGAUUUAGAAGAGCAUGUGGGGAACUCAUUAUGUCCACUUGGAUGCUGGCGUUGAAUAAAAAUGACGUCUAA